UUACGGGUCAAAUAUUUUGGUGGUUAAAUCAUGUUAUGAUAUCUUUAUAUUUUUUUCCUCACAUUAUAGUAUCUAAACUCUUAAAACAUUACAAAUAGGUCAAAACUGCAGGUACCAUAUCCUCUCUAGAUUUCAAAUCAUUAAUUGCUGCUAUUCGUCGUAUGACCAAAAAGUCAUACAACCCUAAAUUGACCCAAUCCUACCCGACCCUGACAUAACUAAAAGAUGAUCCAACUCUAAACUAACCUUGUAGACGAACUGAACCAACCCAACCCCUCAGACAGUUGGAUCGAACCCAAUCAAUAUGUUAACUUGGGAAGCUAGAUGGAUCUCCUAGAAAAUGGAAAGCUAGCUAAACUAGGUCCUCGAGGCCUCCUCGUCGUCGUCGACGUCGCGGUGGUCUUAGUCUCUUAGAGGUGCAAUUAAUACGAAUUUGGACGUCCAUAUUGGCGUCAUAUCCUAGCCGGCGGCGGGGCCUCCAUAGUUAUUGGCUUGUCUUCACAUAACUAAUUACACUGCUUAUUGUCAUUAUCAUCAGCAAACACUUUAUGAUCAAAACAAUAAAUACCCACAAGACCGCAGCCUCUCUCUUGUUUUCUAGCUUAUAAAUACGCCUCCUCCCAUUCCACCUUUCCUCUCUCUCAAACUCUCAUCACCUCCAUUUCUCCACAUAGACAAAAGAAAAAGAAGACAUCCAUGGUGGUGAUAAUGGUGAUAUUUCAGAGGUGGUUGGGAGAGAUGAACAAGUUGUGCACCAAGUGCAAAGAAGCUGCAGCCUCUUUGUGCUCUUUUGGAGGGUUGACGACGAUGGAGCCUCGACUCGAAAGCCUCCUGGUUAGCAUCCCACCGUUGUUGACCAGCAUUCUCCUCGCUUCAUUCACCUGCAUCAUCGCAUUAGGAGGAGCUGCGGUGGGAACGGUGGUCGGAGCGAUGAAGGGUCAGACGACGGAGACGGGGUUCCUCCGUGGCUCCAUCAUCGGUGCGGUGGCAGGCGCCAUCACCUCUGUUCAACUCCUCGAGUCCAUUGCCGACGGCGAGCCAUUGUCCAAGGUGGCGUUACUGAACAGCGUGGUGAAUGGAAAGGUUUUCAUGGAAUGGGUAGGCCCAGCAGUGCUGAAAGCUUACCAGUUUCAGAUGAGAGCCAUGGAAGCUACUUACAGAGAAAUGGCUGCUGACAUCUACGACACCACUGCUGCUUCUGGCUUGCCCGAGCACUGCAUACAGAGUCUGCCUCAAUUCUCAUUCUCAAGAAGCAGCAGCCAAUUACUCUGCUGCUGCUCGAUCUGCUUGCAGGAUGUGGAGGAAGGAGAGGUGAUGAGAAAAGUGCCGAGUUGUGGCCAUUGUUUCCAUUUGGACUGUCUUGAUAAAUGGCUGGUUAGAAAUGGCUCAUGUCCUAUGUGCAGGACGACUGACUUGUGUACUACUGAUGACAACUUUGAUCAUCACUUGUAAUCUUCCUUCCAGUUGCAUAAUUGGAAAGUGAGGGGGAAAUGGGAUAUACAGGGGUGUAUAAGUUUUAAGGGUGCUGUUGUUAUACUUAAAAAGUAUUUAAAACGGUAAAAUUAUCACUUUAAACGACUCACUGCGUCAAAAAGAUCACGAGAAAAUCAUUUGUUAACCACAUCAUCAAAGAUUAUGUCUCCAUUCGAAAGAGAAAAUGUGUAGUCACGGUCUGUUGGAUCGACUGCCUCCGGCUUGAAAGACCUAGAUGGCGUGCGUCCUUGGUGUGUGCUUUUGCCGUUGGUCUUCUUUCUAACCUCUAGGCAUUUUCACCGCUCCCUUGAACAUCCUACGUCGAAAAAACCCGAGCCUUUAAUCGGUCUUUUGGAAUCAAAGUGAAAUCUUCCCUCUAUCGUCGAAGUGGUGCUUAGGUUUGCAAAAUUGUGAAUGGACCUAGUGGUUGGUCUGGAAAAAAAUCCUUAUUUAGAGAGGCUUUACUAACGAGGUUGAGCAUGAGUUUGAAGUAGACCUUGUUCAGACAUACAAGGAAGAUUUUGGUGUGCUUUCUCCUAAUAUAGUGCUGGCUAUCUUCAUAAAAAAAAAUGUGAAAUCCUAAUUGAACCUAGUAUUGUCGAGGUCCUGAAAAAUAGUGGUAACCGAAUGUACAAAAUAGCGUCUCUUAUGUUUUACAAAACAUAAAAAAAGUUUGGGUGACAAAUAUGAAACAUAAAAGUAAAUUAUUAAAAGGAUA